AUGUCUACCCACUACACUCCCGCCUACUCUCUGCCUGUGCGUGUGCCCACCAAGGGCGGCCAGUACUCGGGCUAUUCCAGCGCGUACUCAGUAUCCCCACCAGAGGUCGAUGACGACCUUAGCUCCACGUCCGGCGUUGCCUCUUACAGCAACAGCGGAUAUGACUCUUCUUCCUAUGCCGGAAGCGGCGACUACGAUAGCGCCCACUCCGCCAGCGGCAUUGAUUUCAAUGAAUACAUGCAAGAUCGAUUUGCCAGCACAUUCAAUCCCAUCCCGCUCGAUAAGAGCAUGGUCACCCAGGCGCAAACGUCGGGACACCUGAACGCUAAGCAUCGUGAGCUGCUUGAAUUGCAGAAGAAGGCGCAGGCUCGCCUUGCAAAGACUCGCGAGCGCUUCCAGGAUGGUCUCCGUGAUGCUCGCGAAGUUCGCGAGGAUCUUGAAUGGACGGAGAAAAAGAUUAAGACACUCAAGACCAAGGCAGCCCGCAAACACCCCAAGGAGUUCUCUAAGGCGAGGACGCGAUAUCCCUCGCCUGAAUAA